CGAUAGCACUGAUUCCGAAUAUAAUAGUCGGAGCUGCUCUUAGGCCUAUUGAGAGCCGCGUUUUGGUAAAGCGGUUUUCCGAAAGCAAAAUGUUUUUUUCUUGAAAAUAAUUUCUGAUCUUUCCAGAUUGUAGAGCAUGUCGAGUUACUUAAGCAAAUAAAUUUUUAGACCAUCGGACAUGUCCUAAGAACGCUAUUAAUUCCAAUUAUUUAUUUUCCAAAAAGCGGCUCUCCAUAGGCCUAAGAGCAGCUCCGACUAUUAUAUUCGGAAUCAGUGCUAUCGAUUUUAAUCGUAUGGUUUUCAUUGAGAAAGCGCUUUAUCACCCGCGAACUGUCCUUCGGUAGAGCUUGACAAAAGUGAGGUCGUUAAAGACCAGGUUUUUACGUGAUGUAAACUCACGUAAAACUGUCAAGAAUAAAAUCGCAGCCAUCACACUGUUUUGUUGCAAGAAAAACAAAAUGUCAUGUAUCACAGUUGAAAUGUGACUAUGUGUAUUAUUUGCAAUCUGUCAUCGAAAACACUUCGUUUUAAUGCAAUAAUUUCAAAAUUAUGUCAGUAUUUUCGAUAAUGUAUCCAAAUUUGAAAUAGGCUCUCCUUCACAAUGUCUGCAAUACUUAAUCGAUCGCAAUUAAGAUCGGCAGGAAAAAAAAUCUAAGUUUCGCCGUCUGUUCUGUAUAUAGAAAACUGAAAGAAAAUAAAUGUUAUUGUUGUUCUAUUUCUGUUUUGGUAAGGAAAAAAAUAAAAAGAACUCUCUGCAGAGCAAGACUAAUUCUUUUAUAUACCUCUCUGUAAACGAAGGAUGGUUUGCAUAAAAAAAAGAAAAAUAUGUUUAUAACACAUGUGCAUCAAAUAUAUAACACUGCGAAGAAACAAAAAAGAUUUAUCGUUUUCAAUAAAUUGCAGGAGGAGCAAGACAUAUGUAUUUCUUUCCUUGUUACUUAUUUAUUAGAAAUAUGAUUUAUUGAAAACAAAGCAAGUACGGGCUACGUUGACCUCGCUUAUUCUCCAGUACAAAAAAAGGUUCUUACAUGUUACUAGUUUCCUGUUCGCAGUCUUUUAGCAGAGGAGAAGUGACAUAACACAGCGGGGAAUUUUGGCUAGGCACGUGGACAUGUGCUAGAAAAGCGGUAUGAAAGUCUCUAAACAUUGUUUUUAUAGGUUUUCAUAUACGCUCUUUUCAACGACGCAAUCGUCAAGCUUUCAAAGUAGGGCAAAUCUAUGUUGUUCCCCACUGUGCAUAAGAAGUUUUUACGUAAGUGCUACAGGAGAGCUGGUCUGCAGAGCCAGCUGCAGGGUUUCUUCUGGUCUCACGUUUUUCUUUUUCUCUCGUCGAUUAUUACACACAUUUUGAUGUCAAUAUUUUUUGUAUUUGUUACGUAGAGAGAAAAAUCGAUUUGAUUUUUCAUCAUGUUGUCAAUUAUGUUUCUGCUUCACAGCCAUUAAAAUAAUAAUAAAUCAAAUGGCAAUUAGUGUGUUAUAGAAAAAUAAAUGAAAGAAAACAAAAAAAUACACACUUUUUCCGCUGAGAAGAGUAGCAUUCGGGUUUCUGUCUUUAUUUUUGCAAGAGGUAAGUGUAACUGAAGGUGUAGUCGCACUGUCUGUUUGUAAGAGCACUGUUUCUCUCCAUCUCACAGAAUUUCAGGCUUAAUUUUCUGAAUCCGUCGAUGACUCUGUUUCACUUUUAGAUAUUUAUUAGAGAAAUUUGAAAUGUCCUGGGUAGCUGAACAAAGUGACGAUGGUUCAUCUGCUGUACAAGUACAAGGUAAUACCGUUAGCUGUCAGAAAGAAGGCUACUUUGGUAGUCCAAUUAAUGUCAUGUACAACGAUCCAGCUGAGAAGAAUGGUCAGUACUACUGGCAAAUUGAAUUACCAGAAUUAACUAAUGAAGGUGGAGCGAGUGUUGGCUUAACUACACAGGAACAUUUUAAAGCUGGCUAUGCCGUUAAAUCUAUGGAGUAUUGUGGUGAGUGA